AUGUCUUGCAGAGAGAGCACCGGCGUGCCUGCCGCCGGUGUAAGUCCUGCCGCUGCGGCGGCCGCCGGUGCUGCUGCUGCUGCUGCUGCUUCUGCUUCUGCCGGUGCUGCUGCUGCCGCCGCUCCUCCUGGUGCUGCAGGCAGCGCGGGCAGCCUACCCCCAGUGGCAGCGUCGGCACCGCGGCUGAGCCCACCGGACGAUGGGUACCACUGGCACAAGUACGGACAGAAGUGCCUCAUGGAGCGAGAAUACGCCAGGGCGUAUUUUCGCUGUGCCAAAUACACAAUCGGCUGCACUGCGAAGAAAACAAUCGACAUUCCACUCGUGCGAGCAGCCAUUUCGGGGGGUCUGAGAAUAGUCUACUCGGGAAGGCACUGCCACCCUCCCGCGCGCAACAUCCCCUUCCCGCCCGUUGCUGGGAGUGGAGGGAAAACGAUCCGAAGGUUUAAGGUGGCUGCUGCAGGGAGACGUGAAGAGGGGGGAGGAAGAGAAGGCGAGAGAGGAGGGACGGGAAGAGAGGAGGUGGAGGAGGGUAGGGAGAGGAUGGAGAGCGAGGGGGUGGAUGGGCGAGAGGACAGGAUGAAGGGUGAGAGAGAGGAGGGAGGUGGAGGAGAUGAGGGAAGGGUGGGUGGUGGGAGGAAAGAGAGGAGCGAGGAUGGUGUGGAAGGCGAUGGGAGUGAGGAUUGUGGGAGGAGUGAGAGGAUUGGGAGGAGUGAGAGUAGUGGGAGGAGUGAGAGUAGUGGGAGGAGCGAGAGUAGUGGGAGGAGUGAGAGUAGUGGGAGGUGCGAGAUUGGUGGGGGGUGUGGGAGUGGUGAGCGUGGUGGGAGGAGGGAGAGUGGUGGAGGGAGGGAGAGUGGUGCAGGGAGGGAGAGUGGUGCAGGGAGGGAGAGUGGUGCAGGGAGGGAGAGUGGUGCAGGGAGGGAGAGUGCGGACGUGGAAGAGAGUGAGAAGGAUGAAGAGAUGAGAGCAGCUAAGGAAAAGGGCGGAGCCAUGCACAGAGGCGGACGCAUGGGAAAGAGUGGAAGCAUGAGGGGGGGUGGAGGCAUAGGGGAGGGCGGAGGCAUGGGGGAGGGCGGAGGCAUGGGGGAGGGCGGAGGUAUGGGGGAGGGCGGAGCUAUGCAUAGGGGCCAAGUCAUGGGGGAGGGCGGAGAAGCGGGCGGGUAUUGGGCAAUGGAGGAUGGUGAAUCAGCACACGGGCUGGCAGGGAUGGAUGGAGGUAGAGAAAUGGGAGGAGGUGGAGGGAUGAGAGAAGGUGGAGGGGAGAUGAAGGAAGAAGAGGAUGGAGAUUUUGCAGGGCGGGGAGUUGAGAGGGGAGGAGGAGUGGGGCGAGGGAGAGAGGGGAGGGGAGUGGGGCGGGAGUGUGAAGGGGGGAAAGUGAGGCGGCGGAGUGAGGGGGAGGGAGUGGGAAGAGUGGGAAGAGAGGGAAGAGAGGUACAGCAGGGACAGCAGCAAGAGGUACAGCCGGGCGCGAGGUGA